UAUAAAAUUAGGUUAUAUUCUAUUAUAGGUUAUUAGUAGAGCAACCCUCUGUUUUCUCUGUUAUUAGGUCGAAGUUUAUUCAAAAUUUGAGACGUUUUUCUGUGAUAAUGAUCAAAUUUGCAGUUAAAGUUGGGUUAGCCACUGCCGCAGUCUAUUAUGUUAAAGAGCAAGGAGUUUGGAAGAACAGCAAUGAAUCAAUAAAAACUUACGAAAAGUUGAAGGAAACAGCAAAACCUUACGUACAAGAUUUAAAGGCGCAGCUACCCGUAGAGUUACCUGAAUUGCCUGAAACUGAGAGACUAUCGUCUCUAGCAAAACGAAGUUGGAACAAAGGAGUUAUGGUCACUUUUAAAUACAUUAGUCAAUUUCCGAAUACAGUAAGCAACUGGACUAACAAAGGUAUUCAGAAAGCAUUGGAAAACGAGGACAUAAAAAAUUUUGUUAAUUCGUUUUCCUCCGCGAAGCCUGUAGAACAGAAGUAGCUUUUUUAAAUGUCUAGAUAUGUAUAUGUUGUAAUGUAUUUAUUCAGUCCAAAAUCUUAAUAUACAGUACAGUAAAAA